AUGGACGCAACCAAUGGCUUUUCGUCCUUUUUGACCGGAUUGUCGUCAUACUUUUCCAUCCCAGUUAUCUUAGUUUUAAGUGUUGUGUUGCUCUCGUCUUACGCAUUUGGCCGGGAAACGUCGCAUAGCAGCAAUGGUCUAUCAUACCUGCCGGAAUCCAUUCCCUAUGUCUCUAACACGUUCCUUUUUAUGACGGACAUGGCAGCUUUCCUGGAACGGGUCAGUGAGGUCUUUGAAGCUACUAACAGCGAGGUAGUGAAAUGUUACGUUGGGUUUCGGCCCUGCUACUUCGUUGCCAGCCCGCAGAACGUUCAGAGGCUAUUCGGAUCACCUGAGAUCCUGGAUGGCAACUUCAUCCACUACCUUCUUAUGGGGAAGCAAUGGGGCAUGACCAAAGCUGAGAUGGCCAAGUUCAGGGAGGAUAGGUCUGGUAGACUACCGAAGCCGGCGCCCGGAUUCGAAGGCUUGGCAGCAGACAAACGGUAUUGGCGCAACCACAAUCGGCUCUACACAGACUAUCUGACCGAUACGAGGCAUUCGGACGCUCUAGCGAUGGAAUUUUCACGUCGUUUCGCGCAGCGACUUGACAGGCAAUGUGAGGGCUUACAUGAUGGGGGGUGGGCGUCAAUGCGCCUGCUGGGCACGCUGAGAAAGCACAUGUCCGAGUGCGCAGCCGAGACGUUGUUUGGCACACGACUAUUCGACCUCAACCCCGGCUUCACCGAAUGCUACUGGGCAUAUGAUGAAGUAGCAGGACGGCUUCUUACAGGCCCGCCCGGCUUUCUGCAGCCACGAGCUGCUCGUGCCAAACACCGCCUCCACGCGAUGGUGCGCCGCCACAUCGAUGCUGCUUGGGCCAAUUUCGACUCCGGCUGCGUAGACGUUGAGUCGCUAUGGGAGCCGCACUUCGGCUCGCAUCUGUCUAGAGAGAGCGCUCGGUGGCUUCGCGAGCAAGGCUUUUCAGAUCAUACUGCUGCUGGACACACAUUAGCAACUCUUUUUGGCCUUAACGGCAACACGGUGCCCAUCACCGCUUGGGCCUUGGCCGAGCUUCUCCAAGAUCCGAAGCUACUCAAUGCAGUGCGGUCUGAGGUUCUCACGGAAUCAAUCGAUGCCGAGACGGGCGAGCUGGAUGCUCGGCGCGUUGUGAGCCUUCCGCUUCUCCAGUCGCUCUAUACCGAGACUAUGCGGCUGCACGUGUCGUUCGCCGUGACACGCGAGGUGCGCGACGGACCCUUCGAGAUCGCACCAGGCUGCUGGAUAGAGAAGGGCGCAAUUGUGCAGACGUGCUCGACCAUAGCCCAUUUGGACGAGGAGGUAUGGGCUAUUGAAGGGCACCCUGCCCGUGAGUUCUGGGCCUGGCGUCACGUCCGAACUGAGGAGUCCCGGGAUGAACGGACCGGGGACACGACUACUCGGAUGCGUUUCGCCAUGAACGGGAGGCCGACGUCUUUUUUUCCUUAUGGCGGCGGGCAUUGGGUGUGUCCAGGCCGCCAUUUCGGUAAAAUGGAGAUAAUGCUGGCACUGGCUCUAAUUGUUACUAAGUUCGAUCUCGAGUUUGUUCAAUGGACACACUUGGACGGUGCGGAAUCAGAUAGGCCAGCACAGAACGAUGGGCGCUAUGCGGGUAGUAUCGCCAUGUUUCCAGAUCGUGAUCUUUCCUUCCGUUGGCGAAAGAUUCGGUCGCCGAAAUAA